AUGGGUGAUAUCGGCGUGGAACCACCCGCAAUGCCGGCUGGAGAUGUGGCCAUACACGGAGACACCACGGAUGAGCUGCAGUGCACGAUAUGUCUGGCAUCGAAGUGAGCGAAACUAUUCUUCCGUUUUCAGUUAUUAAGGUUGACUUUUCUAAAGGUUUACUCAAGAGGGUCGGAUCAGUAAUUGCAAUCACUCGUUCUGCUUCUCGUGCAUCUCCGAAUGGGUUUGCCAGUCGCUCCGUCCGUCCUGCCCAAUGUGCCGGUCCGAAGUCGACAAAAUCUGCUACGACUUCAAGGAGGCGGAGAACGGUCGCAUUGAGUUAGUGCACUGUCCAAUAGAUCAUUCUAAUCUUCUCCUCUCUUCAGAAUUCAGAUACUGGAGUACAGAAGCGCUCACGUGCAGCUGACACAGACGGACAAGAAUGUUCUGAUCAGUGAACGACGGAUCGUCGUCAGAAAUAUUAUGCAUGCGUACAAAGUUCUGGCCGCGCUGGCUUCUGCUGUGUAAGUGAACAACAUUAAACGAGUACUUAAUUUGAGUGGUUUCCAGGCUCGAGAUAAAGGGCGACACAGAGAUACACGCGCAGUUACGGGUAACAGAAACCAUCGCAAAAUCGUUACAAAAAGUGUUGUUUUCCAGAAAGCUCUGGCUGACUUGGAGUCCGUCGUCACUCAGCACAUUGCGCGAUGCGAGAUUAUGCUGACCGAUCUGAGACUGGAAGUUACCCGCAAAAACAAGUAAUUGAUCGUAAUCUCUCAUUCCCAAUUAGUAUAAUUUGUUUUUCAGAGCGCUCAUUUUCAGAGCAGAAACAUUCCGUCGUAUGAUUUAUACGAAAAAGAUUCGGGUUAAGUACAACGAUCAGAAGAGACCGAAACUUCAGCCAGAAGAUCUUGCCAAAGAUCCCGAACGGUUCAAAAACAUUGUCACGGAAUACAUGAAGACAGAGUACGACGCUAUUCCAUUUUGCAUGGUAAGAAAACGCUGCAAAAGCCCGCACAAUUUGAAUCUUUCAGCAAGCGAAACCAGGCGGUGUCAAGUGGAGAACCAAGUUUAUAGGACAGACAAUGACGGAGGAAGACAAAGGCCUAGCGACCGCCCGUAUUUACCAACUCAUGCUCAAUUUGCGUCCUGGAAACGACGCGUUCCAGGUGAGCAUUUUUGUGAUUGGACCGCUUUGUUUUAUUAUUGCUUAUUCCAGAAAGAACUGGCAGACAUUCUACCACAUGUGAGCACUCAGUUUCUGCCCCUGCUGGAUGACCAUUUGGAGGCCAUUUUGACCGUCGAGAAGACCGUUUUGGACCAGUUUUAUCAAGAAGUUUUCUAUGAUUCCGUGUACAAUAACAUCUCAAGCGGAUUCAUGGAAUACAACGGAAUGAGGGAGGAACCGGAGCAACUCGAGUCCAUUUUCCAUCAUUUCGCCCAUUUCGGAGGUGGAUGGCCGCCAGAUCACUUCACGGAAAGACGGCUCCAUCGUCAAACAUCGAACACAGAUCGUACCGAUCGUGCCACCAACAACGACGACAUGAGCGAUCGGUCGGAAUCGCCACAGGAGGAAAGAGAGGCGACGCCGAUGCCCGACGACCUCAACCUGUCGCCAGAAGAGACUCUAACGCGAGUGUUCGAAUCUGCACGCUACCCGAAUAUUGGUCCGCUUCGUGUCCCAGGAUUUCUGGAUUUGAGAGAGCCUGUCAGUGAGGCACACCGCCAAUUCCGCGAGCAGAUGGAGCUGAGACGAAGGAACAGACUCGAGGAAGCAGAGACGAGCAGGACGUUAUCCCACGAAGAUCAACGUCUCCGUUCAUCGACGAGGAACAGAGAAGCGAGUGAAAGGAUCAGGCGGCUCGACGCGCAGUCGGAGCAAUUUUCGGUAAAUUUGGAUUGAACAUCUGAGUAAAUGUGUUUAUGAUUUCAGUCUCUAAUGCGCACACGCCCUUUGCUUAUCAAUCAUCGAGAUCGCAGAAUGGUGAGAAACGAUGAAUCUCAGUUAAAGUUUGCAAAAACAAUUUAUUUUCAGCUGACGUUCGCUCCUCAGCCGAUCGCCAACCUGACCGCACCGCUCGGCGCCAGACCUCCCGUUUAUAUCCCAUCCACUAACUACUUUAGAGCGGCUGCCGCUAGUCUUGCCAGUCUUUCACACAGUGUCCCACCUUCAUCGCACAGUUUCACCAAUUGGCCGAUGGAAGAGGAGCGCAAUAUAACAGACCAACAGAGAAAUGUACUCAUGAGACGAAUGAUGGAAGGGAUGGAAGGGAUGACAGCGUCAGCAAAUGCAGCUGCUCAACGAGCGGAAGCAGAAGCGUCGCGUGAACCUAUCCUUGUAGAUCUUACUCGAAACAACGUAACAGGAACCAGACCUCCAGGAUACAUUGAAUCUCCGCUGCCUCCGGGUAGAGAACCGACGGCUUCUGGCGAACGGUCACUGAGGGCAAUCGCGGCGGCCCUCGACAGGGAAGAUGCUGCCAAUGGACUCGACUACAUCUCGGUUGCACAUAGGACGAGAUCUGCGAGAAGAGGUGUGCACUACGCCAUCGGCGUCCAUUACCCGCGGGCCCGUGACGGGUACAUCGAAAGUUGAAAUGCGGAAAUUUAGUAAAUUCCAUUUGAGCGCAUUUACUUUAUGGUACGACCCCGUGGUUUACAUUCUGUUUUCAGCUGCUGCCAGUGGACAACUGCCAGGAGCUCCCCCGCCUAAAAGAGCUCCUAAUUCUCGUCGAGACCGUCGCUGA